GGCCACAACUACCUCGUGUGACCCCCCUGUGGUACCUGACUCAAAUCUGCCCCCUGACAAGAUGAAAAGGAAGUGAUGCACGCGCUGCGGCAGACAUGGCACACCACCUGCUUCGUGUGCGCCGCCUGCGGCAAACCCUUUGGAAACAGCCUCUUCCACAUGGAGGACGGAGAGCCGUACUGCGAGAAAGAUUACAUUUCACUCUUCAGCACCAAGUGUCACGGCUGCGACUUCCCAGUGGAAGCUGGCGAUAAGUUCAUCGAGGCUCUGGGUCACACCUGGCACGACACCUGCUUCGUCUGUGCGGUUUGCCAUGUGAACCUAGAGGGCCAGCCUUUCUACUCAAAGAAAGACAAACCUCUGUGCAAGAAGCACGCUCACGCCAUCAACGUGUAGACUCGCCAUCUGGAGGAGGAGGGGGAUGGGGGCGGGGCCAACCAGCUGCAGUUCUGCCGCUCCUGUCGUCACCGGGGGAAAUACUGCCGGGCGAUGACGCCGAACGCAAGCCGACAACAACAACUUUUACAGACGUGUGUAAACGCUCUUUAUGCAAAAUACACUUUGGUUUGAUUUUGUGCAUUAAUAUUAAAGGUUAAAACGACGGUG